AUAAAAAUGUUUGAAGACCCGGAGACUAUAAAAUAACAAACUACUCGGCGGCGAGGUGAAUUCGCAGACGAACGUUCCGUAGCAUCUGUAACAAUGGAGGCGCGCCAUGCAUCUCUUGGUCGACGAACGUUGGAGGAAAUUCGUCAAAAGAGGGCCGCGGAGAGAUUGAGCAAAACGUCGUCGGGUCCAGAUCUCAGCACGGUUCCGAGCACCUCCGAGAUUGCCGGAAUGAACAAGUCCGAGAGCGGAAAUAGACUCUCCGAGACAGAUGUUAGUGCUCUACUAUCUCAACUUAAAGGUCUUCAGAAGAAGAACAUAGAGUUGGAGGAAGAAAACAAGAAAAUUAAUUUAAAGCUUCAAACGAUGGAAAUUGAUAAUGAUGCAAUGCACAAGCAGUUGAGCGAUCUGGAGCAAAAUACGGUGCCAUCUCUCAGGAAAGCUCUGAAGGAUGUUGCAAUGGAGAAAGAUGCUGCAGUUGUUGCACGAGAGGACCUUUCAGCUCAGCUCCGUACCCUGAAGAAACGUCUUAAAGAAGCAGAAGAUGAGCAAUAUCGUGCUGAGGAAGAUGCAGCUGCAUUGAGAGCAGAAUUGAACUUAAUUCAGCAACAAGCAAUGAAUAAUACAGUUAGCACAAUAUCAACCCUCGGUAAUCCACCAGAUCAUCUUCAAAGAUUAGAAAAUGAACUGGCAGGUUUAAAAUUGGAACUGCAGCGAGAGUCACUAUUGAGGCACCAGGAGCAGGAACAAUUAGCAAAAGACCAAGCCCACAUUGCCUCACUGAUGUCUGAAAAGCAGGAGUUGGAGGAGAAACUUAACUCCAUGUCUAGAGAGGCUGCAGAAAUCUCAGAUAAAGUUGCUCACAAAGCAUAUUCUUUGGAAGAUAAGCAGAAACUUGAUAAGCAGUUGCAUGAUAUGGCACUGGUUGUUGAGAGGCUGGAAAGCAGUAGGCAAAAACUUCUAAUGGAGAUUGACUUGCAAUCUACAGAAAUAGAGAGGCUUUUUGAGGAAAAUUCUAAUCUCUCAAAUUCAUACCAAGAGGCAAUUGGAGCAGCAGUCAGAUGGGAAAAGCAGGUAAUGGAGUGUCUUAAGCAAAAUGAAGAGCUUCGUGAGAUUUUAGAUAAAUUGAGAAUGGAACAGGCUAGGGGAUUACCAAACUCCCUUAAAAGUGGCACAAAUGAGAUUACUUCCUUGGCCUCAACAGAAGAGAUGGCAUCUAUGAAGGGCCAACUUGUGAAAGAACAGAGCAGAGCAGAGGCACUAUCAGCAGAAGUCAUGCAGCUUUCUGCUCAACUUGAACAAGUCAAGCGAGCAUAUGAUGGUCUUGCACGCUUCUAUAGGCCAGUGCUGCGCAACAUUGAAAGUAAUCUCAUAAAAAUGAAGCAAGACAGCUCGUUAGCUGUACGGUGAUGGCAACGAGCGGUUUCAUGAUGAUACUCUGGUAGUGAUUGUGAAGCCCUUGUUUAAGACGCGAAUUUGCAGUGUCCACAGAAUUUUUACCCAUUUGAAAUUAUUAGUUUCGUGAAAAUGAAGCAACUGGUGGUGAUGGGAACGAGCAAUUUUGUGGCGAUGCUCGGCGUAAGAAGCCCUUUUAUGCAGAGACUCGAAUUUUUAGGAUGUGUCAUUCUUUAUACCGUAUUAAUUUAUAAAUUAUAUUCUAUCCUUCUACAUAUUUUUUUAAUAAUCUUUUUCUUAUUUUAUAAAGUAUUGAAUUUUAAAAAAAG